GAAUACUUAAACUAGCACGAUGUCCAAGAUCCCAAGAAACUUCAAAUUAUUAGAAGAAUUAGAAAAAGGUGAAAAGGGACUUGGUGCCGAAUCUAUUUCAUAUGGAUUAAGCAGCCAAGAUGAUAUAACCAUGACCAAUUGGAAUGGGACCAUUUUAGGGCCACCACAUUCCACCCACGAAAACAGAAUCUACUCUUUAACCAUUGUAUGUGAUGAAAGCUAUCCCGAUCAGCCACCAAAAGUUCAAUUCAUUUCUAAAAUCAACUUACCUUGCGUUGAUUCAAACGGUAAAGUUCUUGUUGAGGAAUUCGAUACAUUAAAGAACUGGAGAAGAUCAUACACCAUGGAAACUGUUUUGUUGGAGUUAAGAAAAAGCAUGGCUUCUCCAGCAAAUAAAAAGUUAUCACAACCGGCAGAAGGUUCCACCUAUUAG